UCUCCAUUCCAGCUUCCAGAACCGCUACGUCGCAUUUCGAGAUUUCUUCUCUGCCCGAAAAGAGAAUUCCGUUACGAGAGAGGGAGAGAAUCCUUUUUUCGUAAUUUCCUUCAUUUAAUCUGUCCUUUUUGGGGAUUUUGAGAGGGGAGGAUAAGAUGAUCUUGGAAUUGGAGAAGGGAUCGGUCGCAGGGAGAGAGAAAGAUAGCAGCGCCAUGAAUGGAGGAGAAGGGAUUCUGGUCCCACCGACGAAUUUCGCGAUGGUCGAGAGAGGGAUUUACAGGUCCGGAUUCCCGAAUCCCGCAAACUUCGGAUUCCUGGAAUCGCUCAAGCUUCGAUCCGUCGUAUAUUUGUGCCCCGAACCAUAUCCUGAAACCAACAUGGAAUUCCUUCACUCUCACGAAAUUCAGCUUUUCCAGUUUGGGAUAGAAGGAACAAAGGAGCCCUUUGUGACCAUACCCAAGGACACCAUUGUGGAGGCCCUCAGAGUCAUACUUGAUGUCAGAAAUCAUCCAGUUCUUAUCCAUUGCAAACAAGGAAAGCAUCGGACAGGCUGUGUUGUGGGUUGUUUGAGGAAACUGCAGAACUGGUGUUUGUCUUCUGUGUUUGAGGAGUACCAGCGUUUCGCAGCCGCCAAAGUCAGGAUGUCGGACCUCAGGUUCAUUGAGACGUUUGACAUCUCGUGCUUGAAGGACUGCAUGUAUGGCUUCAUACAUCAAUACCGAGGAUGUGCAUGCGCAUCCCGACCUACUUGUGAAUGUUCAAAGUGCUUAUCUACACAUAGUGAUGGUCAGAGCCAUCCAUUUAUCUGAGGUUCCUUCCAAACAUAUGAUGGCCCUAAUAGCACAGAAUUCGUAACAUUGGGGGUUUCAAUCAUCAGAGCAUCUCAGCAUGUGGGUCCCAUUGGGUUUUUUUUUUUUUUUUUAAUUUUAAAUUUUUAAUUUUACAACCAUGUUUUGAAAUUGGUGUACUGGGUAUGAUAUGAGGCUGCUUUCACCAACAGUAUGCCCUUGUAUCGCCCUGUAUGAGGCUCUGUUUUGGGCUGAUAUGGGCGGAUAACAGGCACAUAUCACAGGAUAUGUAUGGAGAAGUAGCUCAAUUCAGUAUUUGUGCCUUCAUAUAUGUAAUUAAAUUGACAAUUUCAGUAAGGCAUCUCAUUGGUUAACGUUUUUCA